GUUUCUGCGACAACAAAAAGCCUCCAGACGCGGAAGUGACCGUUUUCUGCUCGCGGAGCUAAAACUCGGUUUGGUUCGGAACAAAGUCACGGUCUGGGCCUCGGUUCUGCUCGGUUCUACUCGGCUGUACUCGGCUCGGUUCGGACGGAUCGCUGUGAGGAUGAACGUGCUGCCGCUCGGCCUGCUGCUCGGCUCCGGCCUGGUUCUGGUUCUGGCUCUGGAUCCUGGACCGACUCCCUACGUGGUCCCGCUGCUGGAUUCAGAGCCGCGGAGCAACGAGGCCAGCCACGUCGACUGUCGGCUGCCCAUGAAGGUGGGUCCUUGUAGAGCUGCCUUUCCCAGGUUCUUCUACAACCCGACCAAUCAGAGCUGCAGCAGCUUCGUCUACGGCGGCUGUGAGUCCAACAGGAACAACUUCCUCACCCUGGAGGAGUGUGAGUCCUCCUGCUCAGGUGUUACAGGUUCGGUUCUUCCUGAAGACUCCACUGCUGCUCUUAAAGCUCCUCGGAUGGCUCCAUCUAAUCCUCCAGAGUCCUCGUCCCCCCAGCAGACCGAAAUGUCUGCUGAGGAAUACGCAGAGCACUGUGAGGCAGAGCUUCAGGUGGGUCCCUGCAGGGCGGCGUUCAGACGCUGGUACUACGACCGGGAGGCAGGGAGCUGUCAAUCGUUCACCUACGGAGGCUGCAAAGGGAACAAGAACAACUACGUCGACGAGGAGAGCUGCAUGGUUACCUGCUCAGUCACUGUCCUGCCGUCCUCUAAGAAGGUGUCAGCUGAUGAUGAUGGUGAGGCGCUGGCAGCAUAUAAAGGUCACUGCCUGGUGUCUCCAGACCCCGGACCCUGCAGAGCCGCCUUCCCCAUGUUCUACUACAACCCAGACUCCGCCUCCUGUCAGUCUUUCAUCUACGGUGGUUGUCGUGGCAACGAGAACCGGUACGGCUCGGUGGAGGAGUGUAUGGACCAUUGCAGUGGAGACGGUCGCUUUGAUGGUCGAGGAAGAACCAGGAACCGCUGGACUGCAGCCUUCUUCCUCUUCGUCACGCUGACAGUCAUCGCUCUGCUGCUGGCAACGCUCGUCAUCGUCACGCUGAGACGCCACCGUCUGUCCCGCCGUCCGUCCUCCAUCAGCGAUAAGGAGGAGCUGCUGCCUGAUCCAGAUGAGCUGUCCUCUCUGGACUCCCUCACCGUCCCUGAAAGCCCCAAACCAGAGCAGAAGGCCUGAGGAGCCGCUGGGGCCCCUGGGUAGAGUUCAGGUUUCAUUAGCAGAUCUUAGGUUGAUGAACAACUGAACAGAAUGUCAGUUUCCCCUCAUAGAGCAGCAGUGAAGCAGCGGAUCUGUCACUGAUCAAUACCUAACUGAUCAAUACCUGUACUGAUCAUCACUGAUCAAUACCUGUACUGAUCAUCACUGAUCAAUACCUGUACUGAUCAUCACUGAUCAAUACCUGAAUUGAUCAUCACUGAUCAAUACCUGUACUGAUCAUCACUCCAUUGAUCAGUGCUUUUAUUUGGAUUAAACUCUCAGAACAGUGAAAGCUCAACUUUGAGCUAACUGUUAGCUUAACUUAGCAUAAACAACAGUUUGGGAACUAAAUCCACCUCCCAGCCCCAUGUCCACCAAUCAGAGGUCUCAGACCAACAUGCUCAGCUGUGUAGGUAUGGACAGGAGAGCACUGCAUUUGUCUGUAUGUGAGUGCUGCACCUAUAUAGCCUGCACAGGUGAGCACUACACCUGUAUGCACCUGCACAGGUGAGUGCUGCACCUGUCCAUACCUGCACAGGUGAGUGCUACACCUUUGCGUACCUGCACAGGUUAGCUGCCUGUGGUUGGUCGCUGCUGUUACACUAGCGGAGGACUACAGGAUGCUACUGAUGAUCUGGUCUGCUGCUGUUCUCUGCUGAAGGUUUUUCUGUUCCUGUAAAAUGAAGGAUUGUUUUUUGUUCAUCUCGUCAGGUAAAUUAAGGCGUGAUGUGAUCGUUUAUGUAGCCGUGUGACUUUUCUACUUCAUGGGUGAAAUUAAAGCGUAAUGUGAUCGUUUAUGUAGCCGUGUGACUUUUCUACUUCAUGGGUGAAAUGGGUGUGUUUUACCUGAAGAAAAAACAUGACAUAAGAUUUUGGUUCAGAUACAGACAACAAACUGAAUAAAUUAUGAUAAGCAUUUAAAAUAAAUCAUUAAACAAACUACAAACACUACAGUUCCCAUGAUGCACCUGGUGUGGCUUGUUGUCUCCCCCUGCUGGCUACACUGAUGAACCUGCACUGACCACAGAAUCACAUUUUAUUGGUUUUUAAAGGUUUGUUUUACUUCUUAUGUCAUAUAAAGUUGUUUUCUUUUAAAAUGUCUGUCAUGUUUUCUACUGAUCCUGAACUGCUGACAAUCAUCUGAUUAAAUAAAAACAACUCAUGAAAGCUGGA